AUGGCUAAGAAGGAUCUGGACCAGGUGUUGGAAUUGGAAAACAAAAUAGUGACACACGAAGCCUUCGGAAAGUCGUACAAAUGGUCUCCAAGGGAUUUCGAGCUUGGUGCAGAAUUAGGGCGUGGAAAAUUUGGAAAUGUACAUGAGGCCAUUGAAAAAAAAACCGGCUACAUGGUCGCUAUUAAAACUUUAUUCAAGUCAAAGAUUACAGAGUAUCAAUGUGAACGUCAAGUAAUACGAGAAAUUGAAAUUCAGUCUCACUUAAAACAUCCAAACAUUUUACGUCUGUUGACGUGGUUCCAUGAUGAGAGACGCAUUUACCUUGUUGUGGAUUUCGCUGCUGGUGGAGAAUUAUAUAAACACCUCAUAAACACACCUGAAGGCCGUUUUACAGAAGCAAAGGCUGCGAAAUACAUUUAUCAAGUUGCGGAUGCAGUUGAGUAUUGUCAUCAACACCAUGUUAUACAUAGGGAUAUUAAACCAGAAAAUAUUUUAAUUGCCUUCAAUGGUGAUCUCAAACUUGCUGACUUUGGCUGGUCAGUGCAUGCUCCUUCACAAAGACGAAGAACUAGGUGUGGAACCUUAGACUACCUCCCACCCGAGAUGAUAAGAGGAGAAGUUUAUGAUUUUUCUGUUGACCACUGGUGUAUUGGAGUAUUAUUAUAUGAAUUCCUAGUGGGUAAACCACCAUUUGAGAGUGAAGACCAGGACGAGACAUAUAUAAGAAUUCUAGCUGUAGACAUGACAUACCCUGAACAUGUCUCUGAAGAUGCUAAGGAUCUGAUAUCUAAGCUUCUCCGCUCUCAAAGUAAAGAAAGGUUAUCGCUGAAUGAGAUACAUGAUGACUGCGGAGAAUUGCACGGCAUAAGUCAACAAUCCAUGUCUCGCCUCUGUAAACGAGUUGGUCGUGCAUUAACCAGAGCUAUUGACUGCACCCAUGUAAAAAUUAGAAAAGUAGGCGGUGAAACUGGUCAGUAUUUUGUAAAUAGAAAAGGCCAUUAUUCUAUCAAUACACAGGUAGUAUGUGGCCCUGACCUGACAAUCAAUGAUGUAGUGUGUGUCGUUGGAGAGGUAGCACUCAUGAUGCCCGCAUUUUCCGGGAGAUUUGUGCUGCAUAAUUUGGCAAUCAAAUGGAAUGAAAUUGAUGAAGGAGAUUAUGCACACUCUGACAUCGAAGAAAAUGAGGAAGACAGUAAAUUAAAUAGCACAAUAAAUGUAAUACGAGACAUGUUUAUUAAAAAAAAAUUUAAUAGUAAAAUGAUAACUUAA